AUGGACGUCAUUCCGAACGUCACGGUCGCGAUGGCGGAUGGGAAUGAGGCAAGGACAACAGUUGCAGAACGAGUUGACAGGGAUCUUUGGCCUCCACCAGUGAGCCCAACCACGCAGGAGCUUAGGGCUUCUCUCGAGAAAGGGACUGACGAAGACAGACUGGAUACGUUGCGCAGGACUAUUGUGUCGACGAUUAAUGGGAACCCUCAGAACAAGCAACUCAAAAAGCUGCUUCAUUUCUACUGGGAGGUGUGUCCCAAGUAUGACGAGAACGGGAAGCUUAAGCAGGAGAUGAUUCUCGUCGUCAAUGCCAUCCUAACCGACCUGCAACACCCCAACGAAUAUAUCCGUGGCGCUAACCUACGCUUCCUUCAAAAGAUAUCCAAAGAUGCCGAACUCCUUGAACCUCUCAUCCCCACCUGCCGCAGCUGUCUCGAGCACCGUCAUUCCUACGUCCGCAAGAACGCCGUAUUUGCUGUGUACACUAUCUACCGCGAAUACGAACACCUCAUCCCAGAUGCUCCCGAGCUCAUGCAGACUUUCAUUGCCGCAGAGUCUGACGCGACGUGCAACCAUAGCGCAUUCGUGUUCCUCGCGCAUUGCGCGAUGCCUAAAGCUGUGGAGUGGUUGAGUAGCGUGUAUGAUCAGCUGACGAAUCUAGAUGAGCUCUUGCAAAUGAGCAUCAUAGAAGUCAUCAGGUUGGAUUGUAAGAACGACACAACGCAUCGACCGCGAUAUAUCAGGUGCAUGUUUGAAUUGUUGUUGAAUUCAUCAUCACAUGCAGUAAAAUAUGAAGCUGCUACGACGCUCACCACACUCACGCAGAAUUCUGCUGCUGUGAAAGCGGCCGCCUCGUGCUUUGUUAAUCUGGUCAUUAAAGAAUCCGACAACAACGUUAAGCUGAUCGUCCUGGAUCACCUGGAUACCCUACGCUCCAAGCAUGGUCAUAUUCUAGAUGGACUGACAAUGGACAUCUUACAGGUCUUGUCGAGGAAAGCAAUGAGCAUCGUACUCAGCAUGACCUCGAAUCGGAACGUCGAGGAAGUUGUUCUCUUCCUCAAGAAGCAGCUACAGCAGACACAGGAACGCGAGUUCGAGAAGGCCCUGGAGUACAGGCAACUUCUAAUCCAAUCGAUCCACGUGUUAGCAGUCAAGUUUUCUGAGCGAAGUAGUGGAGAAGUUCCCGCACCUCCGGCAGAGAUAAAAUCCGGUAAAGCCUUCCGCGGCGUCCUCCGGAUCCUGGGCGAGUACGUCGAAGGCCUGUCAGACAUCCAGGCCACAUUCCAGGACAUCCGCAAAGUGCUUGGCGAGAUCCCUAUCCUUGCGAGCGAGCAGCGGUUACUGGACGAGGCUGGCGGAGAGGAGGACAAGAAGGAGGACAAGAAAGUCGAGGGAAGCGGGCGGGCCAAAGAGGCUGUCAAGGCUGCGUCCAAGCCGCCAUUGAGAGCCCUCAUAUUGGGAGGCGACUUUUCACGGGUUCGGUCUCGCCUUGGCGCUGAUGAAGCUCGUGUUGCGCAUUCACCGAUGCCCACCCAGUCCAUGUUGAUCAUGACGUCUAUUAUCCGCGUCGGCCAGUCGAAGUUGUCGCGGGUACCGAUCGACGAGGAUUCCAACGAGCGUUUUCUUAAUUGCAUACAAACCCUAAGCGAGCUCCAGGAAAAGUCCAUUGUUCACGAUAUCUUCUUGAAGGACACAAAAACGGCAUACUCCAAGAUGCUCGUCGCUCAGGAGACAAACGGCACCCAGCGGAGAAGAAGGAGUCGGAAAGCACGCAGGAACAUGUCGUGCAAGUCGAUGAUUUGCUUACUUUCAGGCAGUUCUCGAAAAAAGUCGCAUAUCCCAGCUCACAGUUUUUCGGAUCCUAUAUAUGCGGACGCAUAUGUCAAGAUGCACGGAUUCGAUAUCAUGCUUGGUAUGUGCUUCUGGUCAACCAGCAACGUCUAA